AAAUAACUACCUCUAGUUUUGUACUUUCCAAUGCUACUCGGUUGAUUCAACAGAACAAAGCUCUCUCUCUCGCUCUCGCACUCGUCUAAGCUUUCAUCUUUUGAUCAUAGUCUAAUUUCUUCAUCAUUUCCACAAAUAUACCCAUAAAAUUCCAAUUCCAAUUCCCACAAAACCAUGGAAUUUAAUUCCUCCUCACCCAAAACAAUCCCAGUAGUUUCAACUUUUGCCAAUCCUUUCGACAACAACAAUUCCUCUCCUCUUCUCCAAGUCAACGACAAUUCUCAUCAAACUAGAAAGCCAAUAGCUUUAUGGCCAGGAAUGUACCAUUCACCAGUUACAAAUGCUUUGUGGGAAGCCAGGUCUAAAAUCUUUGAAAGACUCCUUGACCCACCUAAAGAUGCUCCUCCACAAAGUGAAUUGCUUACUAAAACUCCAAAACAAAGCCGUACCAGCAUUUUGUAUAACUUUUCUUCUGAUUAUAUUCUUAGAGAACAGUAUAGAGAUCCUUGGAAUGAAGUUAGGAUUGGGAAAUUGCUUGAAGAUCUUGAUGCUUUAGCUGGCACCAUUUCUGUCAAGCAUUGUUCUGAUGAUGAUAGCACAACAAGACCACUGUUGCUGGUCACUGCUUCUGUUGACAAGAUAGUUCUGAAGAAGCCAAUCAGUGUUGACAUUGAUCUCAAAAUUGUUGGUUCUGUCAUAUGGGUUGGCCGGUCAUCAAUCGAAAUUCAAUUGGAUGUUAUUCAGUUCACUGAAGAAGGCUCUGAUGCUCCGGACUCAGUAGCUCUGACUGCAAACUUCAUAUUUGUGGCUCGUGACUCCAAGACAGGGAAAGCUGCUCCAGUGAACCGGUUGUCACCUGAAACUGAAGAAGAAAAGCUGCUUUUUGAAGAAGCUGAAGCUAGGAGUAAACUGAGGAAAAGAAAGAGAGUGGAUGAGAGAAAGGAAAGUGAGACUGGAGAGGUCAAUAGACUUGAAGCACUGCUUGCUGAGGGACGAAUCUUCUGCGACAUGCCAGCCUUAGCAGACCGAAACAGCAUUCUUCUGAGGGAUACCCGCCUCGAAAACUCUUUGAUUUGCCAGCCACAGCAGAGGAACAUUCACGGCCGAAUCUUUGGAGGGUUUUUGAUGCAUCGCGCAUUUGAAUUAGCUUUCUCAACUGCUUACGCAUUUGCUGGACUGGUCCCAUACUUUCUAGAAGUUGAUCAUGUUGAUUUUUUAAGACCAGUGGACGUAGGAGACUUCCUGCGGUUGAAGUCAUGUGUUCUAUACACAGAACUUGAAAAUCCCGAGCAGCCUUUGAUUAACAUUGAAGUUGUUGCUCAUGUUACCAGACCUGAGCUGAGAUCCAGUGAGGUAUCAAAUACAUUUUACUUCACAUUCACUGUUCGUUCCGAGGCUAAAGCCAUGAAGAACGGAUUUAGGAUACGCAACGUGGUUCCAGCAACAGAGGAAGAAGCCCGUCGCAUCUUAGAACGUAUAGAUGCAGAGACCUUGCAGUCAAGCAAGACAUUCCCCAAAAAGAAUAUCUCCUAACUGUUGAAGGGAUAGUAGAAAGACUAAUAUCAUAACCUGAAACACCUUCUGUUUAUUAGAGAAAGAGACAAUAUUGACUACCUGCUUAAAAUAAUUGUACUAUUGAUACCACAGGUAGAUGAAAUAGCCUGCCUCCAGAUUAUAUCUGUUUGUGCAACUGCCUAUGUCGAAAUAUAGUGAUUGUAUUUGUUUAUUGGAA